AUGACUACAGGUAUACUUGUCCUCCAAAGAGCGCCCCCCAGCUUCGACACGAUCAAGCUUCCUCAACACGUCCCCAAACUGACGCUGAGUUUGGCAGUCCGUAUUUGCGUCUGCGGUGAUGAAGGCACCGGCAAAUCGAGCCUCAUUGCCUCGCUUGUCAAGGAUCAGUUUAUCAAUAAUAAGAUUCAGUCCGUCCUGCCGCAAAUCACCAUCCCACCAAGCAUAGGAACCCCAGAGAAUGUCACAACCACAGUCGUCGACACAUCGGCCCGCCCCCAAGACCGCACAACUUUGCGAAAGGAGAUUCGAAAAUGCAACGUCAUUCUCCUAAUAUACUCGGACCACUAUAGCUAUGAGCGCGUCGCUCUCUUUUGGAUGCCUUAUUUCCGCUCCUUGGGUGUCAACGUCCCCGUUGUGCUCUGUGCCAACAAGUCUGACCUUGCUGGCCAAGCCAACACGCCGCAAGUUGUCGAGGAGGAGCUUCUGCCCGUCAUGGCCGAGUUUCGUGAAAUUGACUCCUGUAUUCGAACUAGCGCUCGCGAACACCGUAACGUCAACGAAGUCUUCUUCCUGUGCCAAAAAGCCGUCACACAUCCUAUCGCGCCGCUCUUCGACUACAAGGAGGGCAAGCUGAAGCCCGCUUGUGUCGCUGCCCUCAAGCGAAUCUUUUUCCUGUGCGAUAAGGACCAAGACGGUUAUCUCAACACGCAGGAAAUGCGUGAGUUCCAACUCAAGUGCUUCGACAAGCCGCUGACCGACGACGAUCUCGAAAAUAUCAAGCUCUCUAUCGGAAAGUCGCUACCCGAAGUAAAUCUGGAACCCGGUAUCGAUUUGCAAGGAUUCUUGCAGCUCAACAAACUCUAUGCUGAAAAGGGCCGCCAUGAGACCAUCUGGAUUAUUCUUCGCGAGUAUCACUACACCGACAGUUUGAGUUUGGAAGACAAGUUUCUGCACCCCAAGUUCGAGGUCCCCGAGUUCUCUUCGGCCGAGCUCAGCCCUGCUGGAUACCGCUUCUUCGUUGACCUGUUUCUGCUAUUUGACAAGGAUAAUGACGGAGGCUUGAACGACCAAGAACUGGAAGCACUGUUUGCCCCCACACCGGGCCUUCCCCCAUCCUGGAUCGAAUCAUCUUUCCCGUCAACCACUGUCCGAAAUGAAGCUGGCCACAUCACUUUGCAAGGUUGGUUAGCACAAUGGAGCAUGACUACUUUUUUGGAACCGCACACGACUAUCUCCUACCUGGCCUACCUUGGUUUCGAACCUCCGAGUACCAAGGACUCCAUCACAUCAGCGCUGAAAAUUACGAAAUCGCGCAAGCGAAGACGUCGCCCUGGCCGUGUUGAGAGAAAUGUUGUCCUGUGCUACUUGAUCGGAGCGCCUAGCGCUGGCAAGUCGUCACUACUGGACGCAUUUCUGAACCGGCCAUUUGAUGGCUUGUACCGCCCGACCAUUAAGCCACGACGAGCCGUAAAUAGUGUCGAGCUACCUGGAGGCAAGCAAGUCUACAUGAUAUUCGAGGAACUCGGCGAGUUGGAACCGGCCAUCCUGGAAAAUCAGUCUAAGCUGGAUGCUUGCGAUCUCCUCUGCUAUGCCUACGAUUCCUCCGACCCUGAUUCAUUCUCGCACAUUGUUGAGAUGCGAAAGAAGUACCCCCACCUUGACGACCUCCCCGCGGUGUACACAGCCCUCAAGGCCGACAAGGACAAGACGACGCAGCGCAGCGAGCUGCAGCCCGACCAGUACACUGCCGCCCUCAAUAUGAGCACCCCGCUACACGUCAGCGUCACAUGGAACAGCAUUACGGAACUGUUUGUCGCUGUCGCCGAGGCCGCCACCAACCCAAGUACGGGCUUCCCCAAGAGCGAAGAGGAGGCCCCCGACCGCAGCGGCUUGUACAUUGCUCUCGGAGCUACAGCCUGCGCCGUUGUUGCAGCAACUAUGAUCUGGCGGCGUUCCACCAACUCUGUCUAG